CUCUCAAUCUGUGAUCAGCCGAUCAGUUUCAGCAGUCAGUUUUCCGUUUCAGCCCUCUUAUCUUCAUGACGUUGGUUCGAAAUUGAAGUAUUUAUCUUUCUGUAAAAUUUUCUGAUUUACGAAAUUGUGAUUGGUGAUCGUGUCAUUAUUGACGUCCCUUUUUGCUGUUGUGAAUUCACUUCGAUCAUCAAUAUUAUUCUCUGCCCUAAUGUAUAAUAUUCUGAAUCAUUACCAAGUAGUUCAUUAGUGUUCGCCCAAGAAAUUAUGAAACUCAAAAUUAACUCAUCGCCAGUGUUCUGAAACAUUCCGCGAUCAUUUAGCCAACGACGGCUUAUCAUUUUAUCCAUGUUUUCAGUUCUAUGAUGAUUUUUUCCCCACCUCUCAUUAUCAUUUUUUUGUAUGAGAGUGCACUAUGAACCCCAUCAUGAUCGUUCAUCUUAACCAUUCCUGCAUCAAAUCUUGAUGCCAUGGAAUUUAGCAUCUCAUAUCUCCUUUUGUGAAUUCAUCAAUGGUCCAAAAACAUGCUCCAUGUCACCAAAAAAUGGGAGCUGUUUCCUGGACGGAAUCAGUUUUGCUGCGACGGAAGGAUCAUCAUGGCUCCCAAUGCAACUGUUUUUUACAUAAAUGUAUUGCUGAUUGUUGGAACCACCAGUUUAUUCUUCAUUUUUGACUGUCCAUAUCUUGCGAUGAAAAUCACUCCAUUAAUCCCAGUCAUUGCAGCUGUAAUGUUCUCAUUUGUCAUGUUUGUUCUCCUGAGAACAAGCUUCAGCGAUCCUGGUAUCAUUCCGCGAGCAACACCUGAUGAAGCAGCCUACAUAGAGAAGUUAUUUGAAAUUCCAAAUAAUCCUAACUCGCCAACCCAUCGACCACCCCCUCGAACGAAAGAAAUCCUCAUCAAAGGACAAACAGUUAAAUUGAAGUAUUGUUCAACAUGCAAAAUUUUCCGGCCACCCAGAGCUUCUCAUUGUAGUAUUUGCGACAAUUGUGUUGAACACUUUGAUCACCACUGUCCUUGGGUUGGCAAUUGUGUGGGAAAAAGGAAUUAUAGAUACUUUUAUAUGUUCACAAUAUCGUUGGCAUUUCAUAUAGUGUUUGUUUUUGGAUGUACAAUGACGCAUCUUAUUUUGUUAAGCGAUGGAAAACUUUUUAUCACUGCUAUAUCGGAAUCGCCUGCUAGUUUAAUUGUAUUAGUAGUAUCGUUCUUCAGUGUGUGGACCGUGCUUGGUUUAGCAGGCUUCCACACUUACUUAGCUGCAUCUAAUCAAACAACAAAUGAAGAUAUAAAAGGAUCAUUCACGAGUAAGCGGGAGCGCUCAAAUUUCAAUCCUUACAGUAAUGGGAAUGUGUGCUCUAAUUGUUGUUUUGUUUUGUGCGGUCCUGUCCCUCCUAGUUUAAUAGACAGACGAGGCAUUGUGACAGCAGAAUAUGAAGCUGAUCGGAUCACAAUAUCUUCAACUAAACUUCCAGAACUACAACCUGCUCAUACCUCGACCAUUGAUCGGUAUUCAUCUCAGGCUGAUGUCUAUCGUUCAAGAGAUGGAGACUCUAAAGUCAUAUCAAAGUCACCAAGUGAAGAUCAAAUAAUGAUGUCUACCUCAGAGAAACCAUAUGAUGGAAAAAUGGUAGAUGCUGGGUCGAUGUAUCCACCAGUCACCCCGCGCAUGAGCGGAGGAGCCUGCCAUCAAAAAGCAGUCGAAGUGCCAAAAGUCAUCUCAAUUGACACACCAAUCAAUGAUAUCUAUUUGGAAAGAUACAAUCAAUCAAAAAAUCCAGAAGGACAGUCAACCGUUUUACCUCUUAGUUCAAUUUAUUCUUCUCCGACUCACAUGAACCCUCCCUCAACAUUUCUGAAUACGUCUCCCUCUCUCGGGAACCCUGCUUCAACUCUCCCAAGCAGGUCAUUCAAUACGUCAAUGACGACAAUACCUUUAAACGAGUUUCCCGUCUCCUCACCAGCCACGUUGCCAUCAGGUGAAGAAAUCCUCCUAAAUCCAUUAGAUUAUGUUGCUUUAAGCAGCCAAUCCAAGAAAGAACCAAACAACUAUCUGUCCACCUCCCUCUCUGUUAUUGCCCCAACGUUGCAAAAUAAACGACCUCAAUUCUCAAAUAAUACAAGUUUUCAAUCAAAGGCUGGUCUUGUGGACUGUAAUCUCGGUAAUGAUAUGUCCACGAAUCCCUGUUGUAAUCCACCUAUUGAUAUCACAAACAUGGAUUUAGAUUUAGACGAUGUAAUUAUUCCAAAUUCACACAUGGACCAUUUUGAUGACAAAGACUCACCCUGGCUAAGCAGCAAUCAACCGUUAAGUGCCAGUAGGUUACGCUUGUUGCAAGAUACAACAAUGAUUGAAUCAGCAUUAGAUCUUGACUCUCUCGAAGAAUCCACAUCAUCAGUUGGCGCGAGUAGUUUACACGGUCUUCUACACAAAACUAAAGACAACUCAAGCUCAUGACUUCUAAGUAAAGGUUAUUUUUUUUAACCUUCCGGGACUGAAAAUUUGUUUCUCUCCCAACAUGUUUGUUGAAUUGCUAGCGCAUAAAUCUAUCUAAAGUACAAUUCCGGUAAGGACUCUUAAGGUCCAAUGUGGAAAUCAAAGUUUUAUCUGGAACAGAUUGCUGUAGUUCUUGUAAGUUUUCAUCGUUAAAGGGAUGAAAACUUAUUCAAACAGCACCAAAACAUAUUAUAAUGUGUUGUAAAUUAUUGCAGCCCAUGAGAAUGAAUAUUAAUUUUUCAGUUUUUCUGUGAUGGACGGAGAUUUUUUGUAUGUCAACAAUUUAGCAACAUUGAAGUAUUUAAAUGAACAAAACCUGUAGAUUUGUCCCUUGCAUAUUUUUUGUGUAGAAUUUUUUUACGUCUUUUUUUUAGAGAAAUUCUGUACUCCAAAAUUAAAGAAAUAAAUACAAUUCAACUCCUCUUCUGAGCUUUCAAAGUCUCCAUCAUUCAAUUUCUCAAUUUUUGAGAUUUAUCACUUAGUGUUUAAUUGUAAUUUAAGCCGAAAGAUUUACCAGACAAAAACGUGUUUCAGCUUUGUGAGAUCUUUUCCUUUCUUAAUUUUUAAACGUCAUCAAAGGUGACUGAAAUCGAUUUUCAGACAGUCUAUCAAAAUCUAGCAAAAUGUGUCAAUACUAUAAAUAUUAAUUCUCAGUUCUAUUCCGGAGUCAAACUCGUUUAAACACUAUUGAAUCAAAUGUCAUGACAGGAACAGUUGUACAAUCUAAUUUUAUGUGCCCAUAAAGUCUACAAAAAACUGAAUGAAGGGGAAACUGGGGGAAAAUACUUUGAACUAAAACUUGAAUUUAGAAAUGGUUCAAUUUAAAAAAUUCCAGAACAUCUAUUUAGGAAAUGACGGCUGCAGGAAGUUGCUGGAAUUUUUUUUUUUGGUUGAUCUAAAAUCAUUUGACCCAGCAUCAUGAUGAAUUUAUAAUACAUACGUCUGUCAAAGUUAUUAUUUUUCAAAAUCUGUCAGUUAUUCAACAUGGAGGGAGUAAAAUUUAGACUCUGCCCAGAAGACAUGAAGUACCAAUGUAUGAAAUCUGUAAAUUUUUCUGGAAAAAUGUCUUUCUCGAUAAUAAAAAAAAUGUUACAGGAUAGGUAUCUUCAAUUUAUAAUAAGAAUGGAAGAAAAGUAAUCAAAUGAACUUACCCUAUUAAAAGGGAGGACACACACAUUUUGUGAAUGAACCUUUGCAGAGCUCAAAAAAGUAUUGUUCUCUAUUCGCAGAUGCAUGAAUGUAAACCACUGUGUGAUAUGCAAUGUGCCUAUUUAAAUGUUUUUCAAAUUAAUGAUCUCGCAUCAUAAAAAAAGCUACUGAAACAUGUGUCAUGUUGAAGUUUUUUUUUGUUUUUGUUUUUGGGUUACUUUCUGGUUUGUUGUUACAACCCCACCUCUCAUUCUUUAUAGUGAUUAGAAUUUUUGUUUUGGGUGUUCAAAGUUGAGGUGUUGGAAGUACAUCAUAUUUUCUCUGUCAUGGUAGAAAAGGGGGCAAAAACACAUUGUGCAAUUGUCAGUGAAUUUUGGGAGAUAUUAGUUGAGAUGAACUCUUGUAUGUUUAUUUGUGCAUUAUUAUAAAUACUUCAAAUCAUUCCUUUUUAAUGUGAAUCAAUUUUUUUUAGAAUUAUGAAUGCUGCUUAGAAACAUAUUUUUCUUCAAGUGGUGCUCUUGAGUCAAGAAAUCCUGUAAUACACUUUUAUCAUCAAGCUUUAAAAAAACCUUUUGUAUCG